AUGUCCUCUUUGCAGUACUACAACUACCCAGGCGUCGGCGAGGCCAACAAUCGUGAUUACUCAUACUCUCAAGCAGUUCGCAUUGGAGACAUUGUCAAAUGCUCUGGACAAGGCGGAUGGGACGACAGCGGGAACAUCGAUGGGAAUGACCUCCCAGGCCAGAUUGUAAAGGCAUUUCAGAAUGUGGAAAAGAAUCUCCGAAAUGCGGGACUCCGCGGAUGGGAAGACGUGUACUCCGUGCGCAGCUACCACAUUUCACUCGAGAAGUCUUUUGAUUUGAUGGUGGAGCAGCUCAAGAAGGCAAUGCCGUGCCACCAACCUAUUUGGACGUGUGUGGGUGUCCGAGAACUUGGGAUCCCGGGAAUGAUCGUGGAAAUUGAAGUGGAGGCUAAGGCAACUUGA